GAAUGAGCUGGAACGCCAGUUUCUCGAGCUGUUGCAGUUCAAUAUUAAUGUUCCCUCCAGUGUCUAUGCCAAGUAUUAUUUUGAUUUACGUUCCCUGGCAGAAACUAAUAACCUGAGUUUUCCUCUGGAGCCCCUGAGCAGGGACAGAGCGUGUAAACUUGAGGCCAUUUCCCGCUUGUGUGAAGAUAAAUAUAAGGACUUCAGGAAAUCCGCAAAGAAACGGUCAGUCAGUGCUGACAAUCUGACUGUGGUUAGAUGGUCCCCUGCUAUUAUCUCCUAACAGAGGAGACUGAAAUAUUCCUAUAGACUAUUUCAUCCAUCCAAUAUUUUUCGGGGUAGGCUGGG